AAUGAUUUUAUGCUGACAACUGUACAUAUUUUAUUUUGUAACCUGUGGGGAGCCUCUAUUAUUUAACCAAAGCUAAUACCCGUAUGUUACCUCUUAACAAUACUGGAUUUUGAUUGGCUGAGAGAUAGCGUCCUUUCUUUAUGUAACUUUAGCCUGAUAGAAGCGCAACAUCACAAAGAAAUUUUUUAACGAAAUUUUUGUUUUAGCCGUUUUAUUGCGGUGUUAGAGUUGCUGCAUUGUUUGAGGAAGUUGCAGUUUUACGUUAUGUGAGUGAAUCGGGACUUCUACAGAUCUUAAUUAUGGGUCCAAAGAAGAGGCAAGAAGGGACGGAGCCUCCAGCGAAAAGGAGAAGAGUAACUGUGCAAAGAAAAACAAACACUGACAGUGCAAGUGACACUAGUAAUAGUGAUAUCAUUAAUUCUAUUACGAAAAAUGUAACAGAAAACAUACUGGCUGAGCUCCAGAAGGUCGGGGUCCUAACAAACCAACACUCGCAGGCAGAAGUAGCGGACAAUACACCUCCAACAGUUGAUAAGAAUUCUGGUGGUUCAACUCAUCAAAUUGAACAGAUCCAAGCUUCAGCCAUCACGGACAUGGGGAAGCAGCUUCCAGCUGGACAGGGUAAUACAUGUAAUAACAAUCAUUCUGAGUACAGACCCUUAGGAAGACCGUUACAUACAUACGCUACAGCAAAGCUCAAAGAAAAGAUUUUGUCAGCGGAAUUUGUGCAAAUGAGUGACAUUUUGGAUCCCCCUACAGAAUUGGAGUUUGUAGACUUUCAUUUGUCUAUCAAAGAUAAAGGGAAGGUUGGGCUUGCUUCUAACAAGAAGAAAAAAUAUAUCAGCAUUGAAGAGUGGACUGAUGCUUUUAGCAUUUUUAGUUCGGUAUUAAGACAUAGCAACCCAAAUGAUCAGGACCUCACAGAGGCCUUAGCUAUUUACAUGCAUUUGAUAAGAUCUAUUCAGAAAGAUGGGGGGGACUGGUUCCAUUAUGAUGUUACCUUUAGGAAGGCCAGGCAAGGGGACCCCACAAUAUCUUGGAGGCAUGUAGAUCAAGUUUUGUACAGCCGGGCCCUCAUGAAGAAACUGGGGGGUCAAAUUGUUCAAGGGCAAAAUACUAAGAACCAGCUUUUUCGUCCCCAUUGUUUUCGAUACAAUGAAGGGAAAUCAUGCAACAGUCAAUGUAAAUACCCCCACAUUUGCUCAACGUGCUUUAAACCUCACCCCAAAAAACAAUGUUGGAAAGGUAGAGAGAAAAAAUCUUCAAACUAUAACGCCACAACUGGUUCCCAACCCCCUAAAAAAGACUAAGUCCUCAUCUCAAUUGCCAACUCCUAUCAAUCAUGAAAAAUUAGCUGAAUAUCUGAAGGGAUAUGACAAGGAAAAGAUUGCUUAUCUUAUAGAUGGGUUUAAGAAUGGUUUUCAUUUAGAAUAUGAAGGGGAAAGGGGGUUUCAGUUCAGUUCAAAUUUAAAGUCCGCUUUGGAAAACCCACAUGUUGUAAGUCAAAAAAUUGCUAAGGAAUUGCAUGGAGGUCGCAUAGCAGGUCCAUUCACUGAAUUACCUAUCGAAUCCCUUAAAAUUUCUCCUUUAGGUAUAGUACCUAAAAAAGCACCUAAUCAAUAUAGAAUGAUUCACCACUUGUCGUAUCCAACAAAGCAAGUAGGUUCUGUAAAUGCAGGAAUCUCAGAUGAUUCUGCUGCAGUUCAUUAUGCAGGUAUUGAUGAUGCUAUAGGUUACAUUAAAGAAAUUGGGGUAGAUGCAUUUUGUUGUAAGACAGAUAUUCGCUCUGCAUUUAGAAUCCUCCCGGUAUCUCCAAACGACUACGAGCUGUUAGGCUUUAUGUGGGAGGGUAAAUAUUAUUACGAUAAGUGCUUGCCCAUGGGUUGUAGAACGAGUUGUAAGAUUUUUGAGGAGUUUAGCUCGGCGAUAGAAUGGAUUGCGAAGAAUAAGCUGGGAAUAUCUGCUGUGGUCCAUAUUUUAGAUGACUUUCUUUUUAUUGAACAUUCUAAAAUUUUAUGUCUUCGAAAAUUCAGUGAGUUUCUUGAUGUUUGUGGCAAUAUUGGCAUUCCGCUUGCAGCAGAUAAGACGGUACUUCCCACACAGAUAAUUGAGUUUGUUGGCAAAGAACUUGAUGUUAAGCAAAGAGAAAGUAGGUUACCCCUGGAUAAGAUUGAAAAGUGUACUCAGUUACUUCAUUCUUUUUCAGAAAAGGACAAAUGUACAAUUAAGCAACUGCAAUCAUUAAUAGGUACAUUGAACUUUGCUUGCUCAGUUAUUUUGCCUGGCCGCGCAUUUCUUAGACGUUUAAUCAAUCUUUUGAUGAAUGUUUCUAAGCACCAAAAAUUUGUUGCAAUUACUAGAGAAUGUAAAGAUGACAUGUCUGUGUGGCUAGCUUUCUUAGAGAGAUAUAAUGGGAAAACAAUGUUUUUAGAUGAAAAUUUUCUUUCCAGCAAUACUUUACAAUUGCAUACUGAUGCUGCACAGUCAAAAGGUUUUGCCGGAAUUUAUAAAACUCAGUGGUUUUAUGGUAGUUUUCCUGAUGAGUGGAAGAAAUUGAAUAUUAUGACAUUAGAGUUCUAUCCCAUAGUUAUUGCUGUCAGCGUAUGGGGUAAAUUGUUUGCUAAUCACUCUAUCCUGUUUUUCACGGAUAAUGAAGCAUUAGUGUCAGUGAUCAAUAGGCAAACGAGUAAAGAUUCAGUAGUAGUACAGAUGGUUAGAUUUCUGGUUCUUCAGUGUUUACAACAUAAUAUAUUAUUUAGAGCAAAACAUAUUCCAGGAAAACACAAUAAAUUGGCAGAUAGUCUUUCUCGGUUGCAGGUGCAAGAGUUUCAGAAGCUAGCACCACAUGCUCAACGAGAACCAUCGGUGGUACCAGAAGCUCUGAUGCCUCAAGGCUUUUGGAAUACAUUGAGCAACUUACAGAAGCAGCCAUAGCGCCAUCUACUACAGCUACCUAUAACAGAGCUUGGAGGACAUUUCUGUCUUUCUGUGAUAGAUAUGGAAUGUCAUGUGAACUACCACUGACCACAGCAAUGGUAGCUCUCUUUGUAGCACAUCUAUUUUCUGACUCAUUUUCUCCUAAGUCUAUUUCAACUUAUUUGUCGGCCCUUAGUUAUGUUCACAAAGUCUUAAGUUAUCAAGACCCAACACAGGCAUUUGUAAUCCAGAAAUUAGUUUCGGGGGCAUAUCGUUUAGGGAAUACCUUUGACAUACGUUUACCAAUAACACCGUCAAUUUUAAACAGUUUGCUGUCAGGUAUACCACAAGUGGUUCAUGAGGAAUACAAUAGGAAAAUGUUUCAAGCUUUAUUCCUUUUUGCUUUUUCAGCAUUUGCACGCAUUGGAGAAUUAAUAGGUUCAGAUAAACACUUAGAUGAUGUUAUUCAACUUUCAGAUGUGAGUUUUAUUUCUUUGGGAGGAAAAUUUGAUCAAGUGAAUGUUUGCUUUAGGAAAUUUAAACACAAUUCUUCUGGUCAACCCAAAUACAUCUCAUUUACACAUGGACCAUGCCAAAUUUCGGCUGUUGAAUCCCUUGCUCAGUAUUUGAAUAUUAGGAAGAACAUUGAAGGUCCACUUUUCAUUUUGAAUGGGGGUUUACCGUUGACCAGGGGUUUGUUUGAUAAGACCCUCCAUAAAUGUUUGCUCUCAUGUGGCUUGGACGGUACGCGCUACAAGGGUCACAGUUUCAGAAUAGGUGCUGCUACUCUGGCUGCACAAAAAGGUUGCACCGAUGCACAAAUCAGAUCAAUGGGACGGUGGAAUUCGAAUGCAUUUCAGAAAUAUAUUCGAUCAAAUCAAGUACCUAGCAAUAUCUAAUUGAUAGAUAUGGUUUUUUCACCCUUGCUUGGCCAUUUUGUUUAUACCUAUUAGGUUUGGUAUACAUUGGGUUUACAGUCAAACAUAAUGAUUUGUUUUGCUUGCCAUUGACAUGGGCUACUUGCUGGGGCCAGUAGUUCAAAGUUCCUAUAUAUAUAUGUUUAAGUGUUACCUGCUGGGGCCGGUAAAACAUUAGAUGUUUAGAUUUGUUGGACGUCAUAAUGCACAUAUGCUCUAUGUUACCUGUUUGGGCCGGUAAUAUUAUUAAACAAUGAUAAUCUGUUUGUAUAUAUGUAACCGAACUUGCACUUGCUUACCUGCUGGGGCCGGUAAUGCAUUUGAAAUUGAUUGUACAUGUAUUAGCAAUAGUUCAAAAUUUUUGGGUUAUCUAACCUGCUUGGACAAGUAACCUUGUUAAAUAAACUAUGUAUAAAACCAAGUUUCAAUCAUUGUUACCUGCUGGGGCCGUUAACAGUGUGACAUAUUCCUGCCAUUUAAGUAAUUAUAUACAUUGCAGACUUUAUCACAAUGGAGAAGCAUAAAAGAGAAUUGUUAUAUUCAGUGAUAUUUGUACCUCCUUUUGUGUUUGAUGUGCAGGCACUGGCUUUGGUGGGGUCAUCUCAAAGAUCAUGUUGGGCAUGAUCUUUUCAACUUAUGGGUAAUGGACCCCACCUUUGCCCAUUAUUUGAUUAUUUACAUUUUAACUUAUCUGUUAGUCCCAUACCUGUUACUUUUUAUGUUUACGGAUAUGUAUUUAUGUGUGUAAAUUUGUAUGUAUGUCUGUCCGUUUUUCAAGACAGAUUCAAAGUCCACUUUUAACUUAGCUAUGUUCAUUGUAUGAAAAAGUAAACUCUUAAGUUUUUGGUUUUGAAGUACUGAUUGCAUUUUGUACAUUCUUUUGUAUUUGUUUAUUUUUGUUAACUGUAUAAUUGCAUGUAGUUUAGGAAUAUUUUGGUUUUUUAUUUUGAUUUGUUUCUACUACAUGUUUGGAUUGUUGAUCAAGAUUUAUUUGAUCAAUAAAUUACAAUUUCAACAUAUAUAUGGUGUUCAUGUUAUGUUUAGGUAAAGGAAGGAGGAGGCAUAAAUGCUAUUUAUGUAAUAAAUGAUUUUAUGCUGACAACUGUACAUAUUUUAUUUUGUAACCUGUGGGGAGCCUCUAUUAUUUAACCAAAGCUAAUACCCGUAUGUUACCUCUUAACAAUACUGGAUUUUGAUUGGCUGAGAGAUAGCGUCCUUUCUUUAUGUAACUUUAGCCUGAUAGAAGCGCAACAUCACAAAGAAAUUUUUUAACGAAAUUUUUGUUUUCCCACCCUCCUCCCCUAAUGGACCCCACCUUUGCCCAUUAUUUGAUUAUUUACAUUUAAACUUAUCUGUUAGUCCCAUACCUGUUACUUUUUAUGUUUACGGAUAUGUAUUUAUGUGUGUAAAUUUGUAUGUAUGUCUGUCCGUUUUUCAAGACAGAUUCAAAGUCCACUUUUAACUUAGCUAUGUUCAUUGUAUGAAAAAGUAAACUCUUAAGUGUUUGGUUUUGAAGUACUGAUUGCAUUUUGUACAUUCUUUUGUAUUUGUUUAUUUUUGUUAACUGUAUAAUUGCAUGUAGUUUAGGAAUAUUUUGGUUUUUUAUUUUGAUUUGUUUCUACUACAUGUUUGGAUUGUUGAUCAAGAUUUAUUUGAUCAAUAAAUUACAAUUUCAACAUAUAUAUGGUGUUCAUGUUAUG